CACAGGAAUACAUACCGUCCAGAUGCACCGCACCCACACCGACCGAAUGCACACAUCGCGUCAGUCAAUGAGUCAGUGAGUCAGUGAGUCAGUGCGUCAGAAGUGCCCAUUUCGCCACCAUACGUAGCUGGUGAGGUGGUUGUACUUCAUCGACUCCUCCUGCAGCUGCUUGAACAGCUGCGUGACCUCCCUGACGCGCUCCUCGGCCGCCCCCCGCUCAGUCGCAGAGGGCAGCGCCGGCACCAGGUCUUUGAUCCCACACGCACUGUAGAACCGGGUCUCACCUGACAGACACGACACACAGAGAGAGCGAGAGGCACACAGAUGAGAUGGAUAUAUGUGGCUUGACGGAUGCACCACCUAUCAUGAGCUCAUCAGCACUGACUGCCUCACGUGGCGGUCUGUCGCAGUCGAAGAGCUGUUUGGUGAGGUCAAGGUCGUGUGGGACGUCGAACUGGUCGCGGGAGUCAUAGUAGUCGAAGAAGUAGUAGAUGGUCUUGAAGCCGCACCAGAUCAGACACGACAGGCACAUGGAGCACGGCUCGUGGCUGCUCACAAACACACAGUCGUGGGGGUGCGGCCGCCCCUCUGCUGGCAGCGCAAAGAAGUCGAUGCACGUCUGGGUCUCGCCUGAAUGCAUUGCACACACCACACGGCCGACACAGUAGUAAGUACGCACACAAGCCAAGCCAUGCAUGGCCUCGCUUCCACUCCACCUCUUUGCUGGGCUGACCGUGAUAGAUGGGCCCAUUGUAGUCCUUGUUUGAGCCGACAAUCACUGUGCUGAGGUCGCUCUUGCGCAGCACCGCCCCUCCGAAUAUCCUCCCGCCCUCGGCUGUGUGCUUGUGCAGCUCGGGCAGCAUCUCCUUCUCCAGCAGAGAUGUGAACCGCUCAAACAGCACAGAGGGCUCCGCAGGAUGCACCUCGUCUGCUGCUGCUGCCUUUGCUGCUGCCUUUGCUGCUGCGUCUUCUGCAGUCGCUGGAGUGGCAGUGCCUGUGGCCAUCUCGAUGAGUCGAGUUUUGUCCAGAUCUAACAGCUGACCUCUGCAGACCUGGCAAUGCCUUCAACCUCGUGCUUCAACCUCC